AUGAACCAGAGUGUUUAUACAAAUGAGCUGAUCAAACAACUAGCAAAUAAGGUAGAUGCUAUAGCCAGUCGCAACAAGAUGCUUGGGACACAGAUCUUGCAAGUAGCCCAGCAACAAGCAACUACUACUGCCCCAACUGGCAUUUUUCCUAGCCAGCCACAACCUAACCCGAAGGGCCACGCUAAUGCCAUCAUACUACGAAGUAGGAAAAACCUAGACGGCCCUGUUAAGGAAACGAUUGAGAAGGAACAAUCGUGUGCACCUCCUCCACCAUAUAAACCACUCAUUCCAUUCCCUCAAAGACUUGCUAAGUCAAAAACUGAGAGACAGUUUAAGAAGUUUGUAGAGCUCUUGAAACAGCUCCACAUCACUAUUCACUUUUUGGAAGCCAUUACUCAAAUGCCCUCCUAUUCCAAGUUCCUUAAAGAGAUAUUAUCCAAUAAGAGGAAGGUUAACGAUGGCAGUACUGUAACACUCACUAAGGAGUGCAUUGUCAUCAUACAUAACAAAAUGCUACCAAAACUGAAAGAUCCAGGGAGCUUCUUUAUUCCCUGUGUAGUUGGAAAUUUUGUCAUCGACAAAGCACUUUGUGAUUUAGGAGCUAGUGUAAGCUUGACGGCUCUCUUAAUUUGCGAGAGGCUAAAUCUCGGAAGUUUAAAAACCACUAGAAUGUCCCUUCAGUUGGCUGACCGCUCAGUCAAGUAUCUCGUAGGUAUCGUGGAUGACGUUCUACUUAGGAUCAGCCAUUUAUACAUCCCUACAGACUUAGUAGUGAUGGAAAUAAAGGAAGACUCAAAUAUCCCGAUUUUGUUAGGAAGACCCUUUUUAACCAUCAUAGGUGUGAUAAUUGAUGUAAAACAAGGGAAACUUACUUUCGAGGUCGGUGAGGAGAAAAUUGAGUAUAUUCUUUCCUAG